ACUGGUGUCUGCACAAACUAGAUUUCAAGCUUAACCUUCUGAAAAAAAUAAAUAUUAACAAACAGGAUAAAUCCUCUUUGCAGAACCAUUCCACUUAUGACCGCUAACACUAAUCAGCAGAAGAAGGAAAUGAAACCGCUGCAUUAAGCUUUCUGUAACCACAACCAUUGGUUGUUUUUAAGUUUCAUUUUACAAGGAAACAGCAACCUAGGGGCAGAUAAAGCCGAGAUGACAAACACAGUGAUCAGACAUCCGACAGCAGCACCCUAACAAAAGGACAAUGAAGAUUUUAGGAAGAGUCCAGAGUUGCUGCAUCACUCUGUUCCUUGCCCUGACCUCUGUGUCAGCUCUACAAAAGCUCAAUUCAAUCAACGAUUUGAAGAAAGUCAACUUUGGCCAAUCUGUGCCCAAACACAGUCUUCUGCUGCUCCACUGGUUUGCUAAUGUUAUUGAUAUAGACAAUAAUAAUGUCAUACGGUUGACCUUUAAUCCAAAUCAAGGCGAUUAUGGCUCCCAUCAUUAUGGCAACUUUGAGAGAGUGCUGGACCCACUGCCUCCUGGCUACCAAUACUUCACUCUAGGAAAUCUCAAUCAGGGCACAUCACAACUUCCAGAUUAUGUUGUCCACCCUCAGUCAGAAUAUACAGGGAGGAACAUGGACCGAAUAAUAUUCAGAAUCCGGCAACAAAACACAGGAAGGCAAGCGUUGCAGAGAAUAGAUCACGUGUACAUCACACAGCAUUACGAGGCUUCUGAACAGCAGGGGACAAGGUAUGAUCCAGAUCAUACAUACCAGGUCACUACCAACCUCUUACGACAGAUCAGAGAGUUUUCUGUGGGAGAAGACCGACAGCCACUCUUAGAGCUAAGAAAUCGCUUUGGAAGUAACAGUGAUGAUUUCCAGUUAAGGCACAUCAAAAACAUAUGGGGUGACCUUGCUUGCCUUGGACUGCUGUUGUUUAUUGUGAUACAGGAGAAAUACUCCUAUAAACAACCUAAUAAAAAGCCUGAGCGUUCAGCAAGAAGAAACCCACAACCUGAUUUUGUUGUCAACAUCCCAGAAAACAGACAACAUCCAAGGGAUGAUAACACUUAUAACACUUCAAGAUAUGAAAUAUAUCUACAAGAAGAGAGGGAUGAGAUACACCUUGAGGUGACGACCGGAAUUAAUGGAAAAGCCAGGAUUCAUUGGAGCAACAUCCCCCAACAUCGUCUAAAAAAUGGAGUAAUGGUUGUGCUAUUCAAGAACAACAGGGACCGGGAAGCAAGCGGGACGUAUAGGUGCAUUGGGAACAAGGAGUCAGGGAGUUAUGACACCUCAGUACCACUUAAUGAAGGCCUUCAGGUCCGAUUACAUAAGGUGAGACGACGAUUCUGCUUCUGGAAAGUGACUGGAGAGGAGAUUUGCAGAGGUCCCGAGUUUAAGAAUUGCAAAGCAGGUGAAGAAGUCAACAUAGCAGGCUACAACGCAAAGCUCCAGCUCUUUGUAAAAGAUGGCAAGGCUUGUGCUCGCUUAUUUAUCAAGAAGACCUUCCAUGAGUGGAGGUCAGAAUUUAAAAAUUCUUGGGUUGGGUUCUAUGCCUCUGCAGAUAAAGACACAAAUCAAUAUGAAUGGUGGCAGUGGCAAUGGGCAACCAAAUUCAGACCUAGCACUGAUGUUGUUGCCCCAUCUCAUGAUGUCUACGACUAUCACUCGGGUUUGGCAAUUGCCUCUGGAGUCCAAGCACGAUUCAUACUUUCAGGAAACGUUGCAGCAUCCACUCCAAGUUGGAGGUGAUUGUGGACGUGUAAAAAUGUAUCUUUAUUGUAUCAUAGUAGUGGCUUUGUAUUUUGGAUUCUUACUGUUUCUUCUAUAUUGAAAAUUGUGCAUAUAAACCACUAUGUGCACCUGACCCACAGGAGUGUUUUUAUUUUCAUUUCAGGAACACAGAUAAGUCAUUUAUCAGAAAGAUCAUUUCCAAACCUUGUGACAUGCGAACAUCCUGGUUUCUAGCCAGGUCCUGACCAAGCCUAUGAAAAGGCUUUUAUGUUUGUGUAGUAGAGAAAAAUGCUGUUAAUGUGGUGGAACUGGGUUAGCACUCAGCAGGCCAGCACAAGACCAAACACGUCAGAAGAUGAGUCAUCAUGUAAAACUGUAAAUAGUAAUCAAAGGUUCCUCUCCAAAAACGUUUGAAUCCAGAGCAAAUUGUUAAAGACAUCUUUGUCUGUGAGCAAAUGUCUAAAAGUUGAGAACAUUUUAGUUCAAUGACGAUGAAGAAUGUCUCUAGAAUCAGUCCAUGCAUUUUAUGAUAUGCAGGGAAUUUUAUUAGUUAACAGAUAUGAGCUCUUAGAUUAUCAGAGCUCAAGAUAUGUGUCUCAGUGUGCCAGCAACUUACUGACAAAAUAAAAGUCAAAUAUAAACAGUAUAUGUAUUGUAUAGUUCCACUGUAACUUUACACAUCAUUUUGUGAAAUAUACAAACUCAGUGUUGAACGUGUGCUAAGCAUGUGGUGCCCUCUGCAGCUAGAUGGUGAAAUUAAUUAUUUGGCUCCAAUUCUGAGUGGUAAAAAGCUUACCAUGAUAUAUAGAAAACAAAACCUCUUGCUUGAUGGACUGGAGCUUCAAAUAGUACUUACUGAAUUCAAACAUGAGUAAAAUGUGUACUGGAACUGGACGUACUAUGUGAACUGGACGUGCAGAUUCUGUAACAAACACAAACUCUACAAUUACUUUACAUUUACAAUGUCUUCUCCUCCCUGAAUAUCAAAGACCUUUUAAUGACUUCCAAGUCAUUUUUUUUGACUGCAUCUCUCUUAAAUUUGUUGCACUUGAGUCCAGCACUUAAAGCCACUGACUAUGACCUAAGUAUUUCCCCCACUCACCAAAGUUAUACUGUGCAAGCACAGGCAUUCAGAUUACAGAGUGGGAAUAAAAGAGGCAUUAUCGUCCCAAAUUCAUAAAUCAAUGCACCAUGAAAGUGAUUUUGAAGCUUUGAUGUUAUAUAGUUGCAUGGUGGUUCUUUAAAUACUAGAACUACUCUAUACUAUAUAGAACCCCUACGUCCUUUUUGCUCCAAACAUAAAGAUCGAUAUCAUGACUCAAUGUGACAACACUGGCUUCAGAAAAAUAACUGGAAAUACAACUACUUGAUAAGAUAAACUAUGUGUAUACUUUGUGAAUGACUGUUGAUCAGUGAUAUUACUUUGUUAUUUUCCAAAAUAAAUAAGCUCUUAAAUGAU